AUGAAAAAUGUCGGCGAUGUGAUCGUCGGUAAAGAGGAGGUGAUCGAGCACCUGCUGAUAGCGUUGCUGUGUGAAGGCCACGUCUUGCUUGAGGAUGUACCGGGCGUGGGCAAGACGAUGAUGGCGCGUGCGCUGUCGGUCAGCCUGGGAGUGGACUUUCGCCGCCUGCAGUGCACGCCCGACCUGCUCCCCAGCGACAUCACCGGCACGAGCAUUUUCAACCAGGAGACCCGCCAGUUCCAGUUUAUCGCCGGCCCCGCGUUUACUCAUGUCCUGCUGGCGGACGAGAUAAACCGCGCCACACCCCGCACGCAGGCCGCGCUACUGGAAUGUAUGGGUGAACAGCAGAUCACCGCCGACGGCGUAACCCGUCCCUUGCCUCGCCCUUUCAUGGUGAUUGCCACUCAGAACCCAGUGGAAUAUGAAGGCACCUUCCCUUUGCCCGAGGCCCAACUCGAUCGAUUCCUUUUCAAACUUAAAUUGGGCUACUUGUCGGAUGAGGAGGAAGGGAAGAUGCUGAUCAAUUUGGGACACCGACAUCCCAUCGAGACGCUGGAGGCGGUGGUCGGCGGUCACAAUCUGCCGGAACUGGCGGAACAGAUUUGGCAGGUGACCGUGGCCGACAGCAUCCGCGACUACAUCGUCGGGCUGGUUCAGGCGACACGCAGCCACACGGACUUGGUGUUGGGCGCCAGCCCGCGCGGUUCGUUGGCCCUCUAUCGCGGCGCGCAGGCGCGGGCUGCGUUGCAGGGCCGCGAUUAUGCGCUGCCGGACGAUGUGCAAGCUCUGGCGCCACUUGCCUUACCGCAUCGCUGCAUCGUGCGCUCAGACGCAGCUUUGAGGGGGCGCACGGCAGACCAGGUCAUCUCCGAACUGCUGGAAGAGACUGCGCUCAAUUUGGGCGAGACGACAGAGGACUGGGCUGAGGCCUCCACUACCGCAGGUCGGGAGUAG